CCAGGGUAUGCAGGUUACCCAGGCCCCCAGGUUGGCUACCCAACUCCACCACCAUCUGACUAUGCUUGUGCUGGCCCAGCUGGAUUUCCUGUCCAGCAGCAACCAGGGUACGAUCAGCAAGGUGGACCUCCAGUGGUACCAUGGAUGCCAGCACCACCACCUCCAUUGAACUGUCCACCUGGAUUAGAAUAUUUAACUCAGAUAGAUCAGCUCCUGGUUCAUCAAAAAAUGGAAAUACUGGAAGUUAUAACAGGUUUUGAAACCAGAAACAAAUAUGAAAUUAAAAAUAGUCUUGGACAGAGAGUUUACUUUGCUGUGGAAGAUAGUAACUGUUGUGUUCGAAAUUGCUGUGGACCUGCUAGGCCAUUUGUCCUGAAUAUUAUUGAUAAUACUGGACGAGAAGUCAUAACACUAGAGAGACCAUUAAGAUGUGACACCUGUUGUUGCCCUACCUGCCUUCAAGAGAUAGAAGUCCAGGCUCCUCCUGGUGUUCCAGUCGGUUAUGUUAUUCAAACUUGGCACCCCUGUCUACCAAAGUUUAAAAUCCAAAAUGAGAGAAAAGAGACUGUACUGAAAAUUACUGGCCCCUGUAUCACAUGUAGAUGCUGUGCAGAUGUUGACUUUGAGGUUAAAUCCCUUGAUGAACAAGCUGUGGUCGGCAAGAUUUCAAAACAAUGGACUGGACUUUUGAAAGAGGCAUUUACAGAUAAGGAUAAUUUUGGGAUCCAGUUUCCUUUAGACCUGGAUGUUAAAAUAAAAGCUGUGUUGCUGGGUGCAUGUUUUCUCAUUGACUUCAUGUUUUUUGAAAGUAGCGGAAACCAGAGUUCGAAAGCAGGAGUAUGGUAG